AGUAUGACUGAUGAUAACAGCAGCAGCAGCAGCAGAUAACAUUUGAAAGGAGUGACUAUUUCCAUUUUGCAUAUAUUUUGUAAAAUUUUCUCUUCACCUACAACUCCUUAAACAGUUUGCUCAGUUAUGAGCUUGAGAAUUUUCAAUUUACUUUCACUUUUAAUUUCACAUUAUCAAAAGAGGCAAAAACUAUGUGGACAUCAGAAAUUUCUCUACAUAUGUGAUAGUGUAACGUGCUGGUGUCACAAUGUUCAUUAAUGUGCUGCUCUAAGAGCCUCCACUCUUCUGGUUUCAGUCUUUCCACCAGAUAUUGAACCAGCUGCAGAGAUUUGCUCCCAUUUAGACACAAGAGCAUCACUGAUGAGAUCUUGAAAUCAGGCCUCUGUGUAGACCUGUCACCAAACUAUUUCUUUUUGGAGCCAACUUUGUCAUGUUCAAACAAAAGAAACUAACACAAACUGCUGACACAAAGAUGGAAGAACAUUAGUGUCUAAAAUAUUAUUGUAGGUCAUGUUAUUAUCUUGACUCAAACAAACCAAACAGAGCGAAGGCUUUGGUAUGGCAACCUGGUAUGGCAACCCGGUCUGCCAACGUUUUCUAAGAAAGUUUCCCAACAAAGUUUCCCGAUGAUGAUGUUAGUCAGCUUUUUUGUGCACAUAUACAUAACGUAAAGUUGGUUAGUUAUGGUGGUUUUAAGGUAAGGCUUCACGCUGUGGAAGACAAGAUGACCUAGAAAAUCUGCUGCAACUUUUUUGUGCAGACUAUUUGAACCACUGCACCCACUGUGAAAGUGGGUCGACCAUCAGGCCUUGUCAUGCAGUCAGGUCUGUGUGGUUUAGAGGGGAGGAUCAAAGUCGCAUAGAUAGGGAAAGAAAAAAAAUGAAGAUGGUGACAUCAUCAGAGGAAGUGAUGCUGAUGAGGAUAAAUGUCAGAGCUGAACCCGACAACCAGCAGAACACCAGCAGACAAGGAGAGCAACACCUGUUCCUCCACAAACACCAGCAGAGGACACAGUUUAGGUCUGUACAUCAGCAAGUACCAUCUGACCUCCAGAUUACAGCUCCUGGCCAGAACCUCCAGCAGAGCCUGAGGACCCUGAAGAGCAAGACACAGUGAAGACUGAAAGAUCUGCAAAGAGACAAAAGUCCAAAAAGAACUAAAAAGGACAACAAAGACAAUCAAAGCAUAAGAGUCCAAACCGUCAGCAUGUUUUUGACAUCAAACUUCUCCAAAGUGAAGGCUGUCUGUGUGGUGGCGAUGGUCAUGAUGAUGAUGAUGAAGGAAGCGGCAGCAAAACCAGCAGGUCAUUCAAAACACUCAGUGAAGACACACAAGACGUCCUCUGAUGGUGCAACGGUGGAAACGGUCCCCCUGCAGCUUGACCCCAACGCUUUGACUGCCUCCAAAAACAUCAGGCCCCUGCAGAACUCCUCCAUCUCCCCGUGGAUAUACAACAUCACCAGUGACGACUCUCUGUUCCCUCCGGUGUUGUCAGAGGCUCGCUGUUUGCUGCGCGGCUGUCUGGACUCAGAGGGCCAGGAAGACCUGAACCUUGAGUCCAGACCCAUCAUGCACCAGGUCCUGCUGCUGCGCCGUGUCAAACCGACAGGGGCGGAGCACAGUUACCACUACAGGCUGGAGACCCGCCUCAUCGCUGUGGGCUGCACCUGCAUCCGACCCAUUGUCCAACACCAAGACUGAAGGACA